UAUAUACAUGUACUUGUGUCUUUAAGUGACGAUUAUGAUGGAUAAUACAUACAUAUAUACACAUGUUUGUCUAUUCUGGACUCUGAAUUAGAAAUAUUUAAAGUAUUCUAUCAUAUUCUAUUCUAUAUACACACAUAUAUAAACACAUCCAAAUUACAGUUCUUAUUCAUAAUUAAUACGCAUAGACAAACUUAUAUGUAAACUCAAACUUUGUCAUUAUAUUAAGCCUAAUGAUACUUUUGUUUGUAUUUAUACAUUUUUUCUAGCAUGCCCGUAUUGAUCAAAAUAGCGUUUAUUGUAUAUUUGCUGUAAUCAAAUUUAUUACAUUAUUAUUAUUAUUAUUUUAGCAUAUAAAUAAUUUUUUAAAAAUUACAUUUGUUUGAACUGGUGAAUAAGAAUAUAACAAAUAUUAUUUCUGUUCCGUAUAUUGGGGAUAAGCUACCUGUAAUGAAUACAGAAAUUUUAAGUGAAGUGAAUGAGACAUAAUGUGGUGACAAAGUCUCUGUUACUUACAUGUAGAGGUAGAGAGAUAACAGUUCUCAUAUUUGAUCAAACAUCCAUGAAUAGUUUACCUAUAUUUCCCUCCGCACCCUUUGUCCUUCAGUGCCACCCCCGCAUCCAUGUCCUAACUCCUAGACAUAUAUAAGCCCCUCCUCCCUGGUUUUCAUUUAAAAGGAAUGCACUUCGAUGUCAAAAUGUAUAUAGUAUAAAGUUUUCAACUAUUCCUGUCUUACCUGAUCGCCUCUGUAUCUAUUUAUACGUCCCCGAUUUAAAAAAAAAAAUGUUAGUUUAUAUUACCAUAAAGAUUGAUAGGCGUUACUUGCGCAUUCUACAGCCUACGCACGAGCAUCAAUGAAUUUCUCUAUAUGAAUCACUUAUUAUCACGUGACUUUUUACCUGCCAACUCAGGUAUUCUUGACUCGCUUGGAAAGGGAGGGGCAUUCCAUCACAUUUAGAAGCCGGCAGAGGAACACGGUAGAAAAACUUCAGCAAUACUCACAAAAUGACGGGGACAGUCUAUCCAGCAGACGACUUCGAUGCCGAGGCGGCAGCUGCGGGGAUGCGUGAGGCCAUGACUGGGUUUGGUACAAGCGAAGAAGCCAUCAUAUCAAUAUUAGUGAAUCAUUCGUUUCAACAGAGACAAGAGAUUGCAACAGCAUUCAAAACGGCAUACGGAAAGGACCUAAUUGAGGAUCUUAAGGAUGAAUUGGGAGGAAACUUUGAGGAUGUGUGUGUUAUGAUGUUGGCCACCCCCAGACAGACAGACGCCCGCGAACUGAACAAAGCUAUCAAGGGAGCCGGCACAGAUGAAUCUGUCUUAGUAGAAAUCAUGGCGUCCCGAACCAACGAGGAGUUGGCAGAAAUUAAAGAAAUCUACGAAAAAGAAUUUGAGACCACAUUAGAGGAAGACCUCCAGUGUGACACCAGCGGUUAUUUUGGUCGUCUGAUGGUGGCGCUGUGUGCUAAUGGGCGGGAACCGAGCGAAGGCUGGGAUAUGGCGGAGGCGGAGGAAUCUGCAGAAAAACUGUAUGAGGCUGGAGCUGGAAGUCUGGGUACCGAGGAAGCGGAAAUCAAUGCCAUUUUGUGUAUAAAGAGCUAUGACCAACUUAGAGCAAUAUUUCAUAAAUAUGAUGAAUUAAAGGGCAACUCUCUGGAAGAUGACAUUUCAAGUGAAACCAGUGGGUCCUUGAAGGACGGAUUUCUUGCCAUAGUUGAGGUAGCUAGAUACAAACCCCGAUUCUUUGCCAAGAAGUUAAAGGACACCAUGGCGGGGCUGGGAACCAGCGAUGACGAUCUUAUCCGAAUUAUCGUAACCAGAAGCGAGGACGACUUGGAAGAGAUUAAGGAAGAAUAUCAGGCACUCUAUGAGAAGUCUCUGGCCGACGAUGUCUCGGACGAGUGCUCAGGAGACUACAAGAGCAUGCUCCUGGCUAUCAUCAAGUAAACAGGAAACGGCGGGAAAAUGAUGUGGUUUUCUCUCUCCAAUUAAUGCAAUAGUAUACAUGAAUUGAGUCUUAUUUUGUAUUACACUGCAUUAUCAAACCAAAGUCUGUACAUUCACGAACGUUUAUACAUAUCAAGUUUCUGUGACGGCUAACUUACAGUCGUGCUUAUGCGAGAAACGAUAUCGUUUACACAUUUGUAGGUCGACUUUGUCAUAAUUUACUAAUAUGUGCAAUUUAUUGAAAGAAAGUUGCAGUCAAUAAAACUGGGACUUACUGGUACAUGGUGUGACAUUUAAAAAAAAGUUGUUUUGAAUAUAAAAAUGUAUUUACAUUUC